AUGAGUUGUUUUGUUGGGCCGAAACCCCCGAACGAACCUCCAGAUUUCCCCGCCCCCCUCACGCCUCCGCCGCCGGGCGCCGGCGGCUGCCACAGGAUGCCCGCACCCGAUGGUUGCGACCGCCGCCACGGCGGCGUCCAAGGCCGCUCCUUCCUCCCCAUCCACCUUCCCCCACACGCCCCAACCCCGGAGCCCGGCAGCCCCUCCUCCCCGCCCCGACCCAUCCCGCCGCUCUCCUUCCGCCACCUCUCACCCUGCGCGCGCUGGUCCGCCUGGGUCAUCGCGGCCCUCUCCGACCCCGGGUUCGCUCCCGUCCUCCGCUCCACCGCCAUCUCCGACGCCGUCGCCGCCUCCACGGCCGCCGUCAUCCCCGACCGCCACGCCCUGUCCGCGCUCCUCUCCUUCUGGCAUCCGGACUCCCACACCUUCCGCCUCCCCGCCGGGCCCGCCACCUUCUCGCUCGAGGACGCGCUCCUCCUCGCCGGCCUGCCCCCCUCCGGCGCUCCCUUGGACCGGCCCCUCACUCCGACCGAGGAGGACCUCCGCAUCCGCCUGGUGGUGGAGAAGGAGAAGAUCAGGGAGCUCCACCCGUGCGCCCGCAAAGCCCGGCGGGUGUCAGCGGAGCUGUGGCUCGAGUGGUUCGACAGCAGAAUCCGGCCCGGCGAGGACGACGAGCUGCGCCACCUCGGGUUCCUCGCCUACUGGCUCGCCUUCUUUGUUACCCCACGCCUACGGCGCAAGGGCUGGGAGCUACCAGAGUGUCUCUUUGCACUCGCCGCCCGGCUUUAUCUUGGCGAGCGCAUUGCCCUGGGGCCGGCUGUGGUGGCUAAUCUCUAUGCUGAGAUGGACAUGAUUGUUACUUCCGGGGUGGCGGCCGUGGCGAGUGGCCGUGUCGACGUUUGGGCGCCGCUCUGGCUGCUGCAGGCGUGGAUAUGGGAGCGCUACGACCGCCUGCGGCCGCCGGAGCUGAGAGCACCAGAGUUCCCUGUCUCGAAUGUCCGCGUACUCUUUUGGGCUCGGAGGAGGAGGAAGACCACAGAUGAGGAGUCUUUACGGGUUUUGCAGGAAGAGGAUUGCUUCGAGUGGAGGCCUUACCUGCACAACUCUCUCAACUGGACUGAACCCCAGUGGUUCAGCAAGGAAACCGUCUUGGUGAGCUCUAGAGGUAAGGAUAAGCCCGAGUGGUUGGAGGAUUACCUUGCAAUUAUAAGGCAAGCGGCGUUGACUGGAUUGUGCGGUGAUGGCAUGUAUAACUCGGCAAUGUACAAUCCCCACAUUGUUGCAAGGCAGCUCGGUUAUGAUCAGGAUGUUCCUUUUCCUAUUGUCCAUGGGUUCGACUCCAAGGGAAUCGAGGUGUGGAUACCUGGUAUCUGUAGACGCGGGAAGGCCAGCAAGGAAUAUGUUGCAUGGUUGAAUGGGCACUUUGUGGGGCACCAGGAUGCUGACCAAUAUGGUAGGUCGGAAAUAGCAUACCAGGAAAACAGUGAUAACUCAUCUCCACCGAAUGAGCCUAACAGAAAUGUUGUAGAUACGGCAGGUGAUAAAUGUAGAGAAAGUACCAUGCCAGAUAGCAGAAAAUGCACCAUAGAAGAUCUGCUAGCUCAGGAGAACGAAACGGAGGUGGUUGUCCUAGACCUUAGUUCAAGUGAUACAGACUGCAGUGCAACUGCGGUGAAAGGAAAGAUUGAGAAGAAGAAAAGGCUAGAUAAACUCUCUGGAAAUGGUGAUAGGAAUAAGAGAAACAAGGUGUUUGGUGGCCAUGAAGGUCUCCAGGCAUGUGAUGACGGGCUUGAAGGCCGGAAGUACUGUGGUCUCCAAAAAGAUCCAAAUUCUGACAUUAGUAAACGUGAUACACAGCUUGAGAGUGAUGAUGAAUGUGUUGUUCUUGAAUCGCAUGGUGAGAAAUGUGAAGUAAUAAACCUCGAUGAUGAUCAGGAAGAGAGUAUCCUUGAUCCUGAAGAUCAUGAUAGGCAACUUGUCCUGGAGCUAGAAGAGUUUGUGCGCUCUGGGCUUUUCUCACAAUGGGAGGAAAGCUCUGAUGAAGAUGAAGAAGGUGGAAGAAAGCAAGAAUCACUGAAGAAUAGCAACAAUGACCCUUAUGCUGAAGCAGCCAUGAGAGAGUACCCUGUGUUCUUUGAGCUCAUUCCCCAGAGACCACAUUACAGAGAGUUGGUGAACAACGAUGACGCUCUACGAGAUCUGGCCUGCAGUGGAAUGUGGUUAUUAUUGGUUGGCUUGGCAAGGGAGGUGCUCAAGACAUCAUGUGACACUGAGGCUCUGGAAGUUGCAUAUUUGAUGAAAAAAGCUCGGGAAUUGGAACAAAACGGGUUCAAUGUGAAGCACUUGAUUGCCCGUCUGAAGGAGCCACAGACCCGACUUAGAAGGCUUCAGGAUUCCAGGGCAAGGCUUGAGUAUGCCCGGACUAAAGCACAAGAAUCGGAAGGUGUUAAGUCACUUUCAAACCAUUUAAGUAAGCUGAAACACAAUAUACUAACAAUGGAGAGGCAUUUGGAUGGAAAUAAGCAAGCUCGUAGUGCAUCUGUGCACAAUGAAUUGGGUGAAGGAAUCAAUCUAGUCAGCUUGGAGAAGGAAGUAGAAGCUGCAGAAAAGUACUGUCAGGCAAUGAAGGAUGAAGUGGCUGCAAUGAGACUGAGAUACACAGAUAUUUAA